AUGUCACAAAGUACGUGGAUGCCAAAAGACAACGACGUUAUUAUCCCCAUCAUGGGCCCAACUGGUGUCGGAAAAAGCACUUUCAUCAAUUACAUCGCAGGGAGAGAGGUAGCAGAGGUCGGUCACGACCUCUGCUCGCGCACUAUCCAACUUUGCCCAAUUAUCAUCGAUUCUUCACAAAGCGCUCCGCUGAACGGCGGAAGAUUGGUACUCGUGGAUACCCCAGGGUUUGAUGAUACUUGCGUCGACGACACUGCCAUAUUGCAUAGCAUCAGUCUUUGGCUCGAAAAUAUGUACCACAAAAAAGAAACGAAGCUCGCGGGUAUCAUCUAUCUUCAUGAUAUAUCACAGGCACGCAUGCAGGGGUCACUUAGAAGGAACCUGGAUGUUUUUCGGAAACUCUGCGGGGAUGGUGCUCUCCGCCAUGUGGUUCUCUGCACGACAAAGUGGUCGCAAGUCGAAGAAGAAGUCGGAGAGAGGCGCACCGAGCAUCUUAAGGGUGUUUUCUGGAAGGAGAUGAUUGAGCACGGGUCGACCGUUCUUGCACUAAAUGACCAGAACGUCGGAUUGCCCGCUGACCUGGCUAUGAGCCCCGAGAACUCCUGUCGAUUUGUGUCUGCCUGGAGGGUGGUCAAUUUGAUCAUCGAGUCAAACCGUGAAAAGAUGACGGCGCUUCAGAUUCAAAAAGAAUUGGUUGACGACCGCAAACCGAUUCCGGAUACGGAGGCGGGCCGAGAGCUACGCUUUAGUCUCAAAACCUUGAUCAAAACCCUGGAAGAGACCAAGGCUGAUGAGAGCCUGAACGCCUCUCGCCGCGAUGAGAUCAAUGCCCUGAUUGGAGUUGUUCGUGACCAGAUCAAGGCGAUGCGCAUUCCAUUUUCCCUUCGCGUCCUUAACUUCUUCAAUAUUGCAUCGGACAAGAUGUUAUACAUAUUCUCGGCUGAGAAUCUCAUUUUGAUUUUCCGACAGCUGCUCUGCAGUCUCGGCCAAGAGCAAUGGACACCACAAGACAACGCCUUCAUCAUUCUCGUAAUGGGCAUGAGUGGUGCAGGAAAGAGCGAAGUAAGCCGUUUACAGUCCACAACCAUUCGCUGGAAUUCAUGUUUUCAGUUCAUCAAUUAUAUCGCAGGGGAGGCCCGGGUAACGCAAGUUGGUGACGAUUACAAACCAUGCACGACCAAGGUCCUUCCACUCGUCAUCAAACCUUCAUUAGGUAAUGGCAGAAGAUUGGUUCUCGUGGACACCCCAGGAUAUGGUGACAAUGUCGGAAAUGAUGCUAAGAUACAGAAUUGCAUCAUCUCUGGGCUCAAGAAGCUGUGCAAAAACGAGCCAAACCACGCUGGUAUCAUCUACAUUCACGAUAUAUCAUUAACACGCAUCCCUGUCUCUGGAACAAAGAAAGUCCUGGAUUUUGUGUCGAAACUGCAGCCGAAUCCGCGGAAUGUGGUUCUAUGCACGACGAAGUGGACAAUCCCUUACAACUUAGGGGCCGAAGAACAGCGGGCCAAGCAGCUUGACGAAUAUUGGAAGGACUUUAUUGAGAAAGGAUCGACAGUUCAUAAAUUUGAGAACUCCCAAGAAUCUGCCUGGAAAGCGGUCAACUUGAUCAUUCAGGCAAACUGA